AUGGAGAAGGCUGAGCUACUCAACAACUUCUUGGCCUCAGUCUUCACUGGCAAGUGCUCAACCCCACCACCCAAGUCGCAGCAGGCAAAGGCAGGGACUGGGAGAAUGAAGAACCUGCCAAGGCACACAGAAAUCGAGAGGGAAUUGCAGGAGUGCAGGCUCCUGUUAGAACAGUGGCAUCCAAUACCUCUCUCGUUUGAGCAUAUACGUAACCAUUAUAAGCACUUUGUGACAGUUCUCCAGUCCAUUCUACAGAAACCACUAGAAGCCCGGCUUAAAGAAGGUACCUAGGACAGUGCUGUGAAUUUGCUUUCCCCUGCUCUCCUUUUAAAUAAAGCGUGGUCUGUAAGUCAGAGGGCUUUUUAUCCCAUCAAUGCAAGAUCACCAACCUAGGAACAUGACAGCCUUCACCCAAGGCUGAAAUUGUCUGAUGACCAUCUUGUAGUAACCUGUAAUUGGAGGAGGCUAUUUUAUCCUUGUGGUCCCCAGAGAUUCGAUAAAUUAUGGCAGGUGCUAAGCAGAGAUGCAUUUCUCUCGGGGAGCUAUUGCUAGGAAGUUGACCUGCUUCAUACUGGAGCAGGAUGGUGGAUUGGCGCAGCCUACCCUUCCAUUGGCUGGAAAGGAGACUCUGAAACAUGUCGACUGGGCUGGAAUAGAGCAUCUUGGUGCCUUAAGAAGUUUGAUUUCGAAUACUGGGCAUUUCACAAGGGGGAGAGAAUUCCCAUCCUGAUAGAAGAUGAUCCUGAUCGCAUUGGUAUUUUUCUGGAUUAUGAAGCAGGAAUCGUUUCAUUCUACAAUGUUACUGAUGGCAUGGCUCAUUUGCACACCUUCCGCUGCAAGUUCACUGAACCAGUUUACCCAUCCUUGAGGCUCUGGGAAGGGUCCAUUAGAAUACACAAACAUAACAUACUCCCCUCAUCUGCCUGGAGAGGCUGCAGUCAUGUAUGGUCCUAA